AUGAGUAAAUUACCAACUAGUCGUUUACCAAUUACACCAUCUAAAACUACAGCUACUGCGAAGUCUGGUCUUCGACCUCCUCAAGCAUCGUCAGCAAACGCGAGUUCGACUCAACAAGUCAGUCCGACCGGUGGAGAUUCCUCUGCGAAUUCAUUCGCUAUUGGUGAUCGAGUUACCGCAAAUGGUAAAUCUGGUACUGUUGCGUUUAUUGGUUCAACCAAAUUUGCAGAAGGCGAAUGGAUUGGUGUGAUUCUUGAUGAAGCUCAAGGCAAAAAUGAUGGUUCGUAUGAGGGCACUCGUUACUUUGAAACUGAACCAAAUCGUGGGCUAUUCUGUCGGCCAGCGAAAGUGCAACGUCUUGCUCAAAAUGGUGCUAGUGGAGAAUUAUCGACUCCCGUUAAACCUCAAGAGACGCCAGCAACUGAACCGAUAGAGUCUUCUACUUCAUCGACUAGUCAAGAAAAAAGUGUAGCAUCUGAUGCUGACACUACCUUAACAAACACAUCAGCUGCCGAUACUACUACAAACAAUCAAGCAGCAUUGACUGAGCCAAUUCUUCCGAAAGAACUACAUGUAGGCGAUCGAGUAGUUGUGAGUGGAACGAAAUUUGGUACGCUGAAAUAUCUUGGAAAAAUUCACGUCGCUGAAGGUAUGUGGUGCGGUAUUCAACUUGACGAACCUUCGGGUAAAAACGACGGGAGCGUUAGUGGAAAACGAUAUUUCACUUGUCAACAGCGUUAUGGACUUUUUUCUCCAUUGGCACGCGUAGAAAAAGUCACAGGAGAAAUGACUCAAUCUCAAAUUAAUAAACGAAAAGACUCCAUUGCUUCCAGCACAAACAAUAAUCGUCCAUUACAUCGCUCCACAAGCCAAGAAUCUCUCCAAUCAAAUCUAUCCGAGUUUUCCACAUCAUCAAACAGCAUAAGUCGAAUUCCUACUCGAACGCCUGCUAGACCUCAACAACAAAAAGUGCCAACCAACACUAAUCUUUACACAACACCAAAUACAAAAUCGUUAUUAACGCAAGCAGCCGCAACACUAGCCGCUGUGACACCAUCGUCGAAUCAGUUAACAAAUUUAGUUCAAACAAUCAAAGACAAAGAUGUCUUUAUCGAAAAACUUCAAUCACAACGUGAACAAGAUCGACUAGAAUUUUCUCGUGCAGCUCAACAAGUCGACGAAAUGGAAAGUCGUAUGUUAUCAUUCAAACAACAAUACGAUGCGAAAGAAUUGGAAAAUGAACAAUUGAAAAAAGAACAAUACCAAACACAGCAGCGCAUUGAAGAUUUAGAAUUCCAAUUAGAAGAAUAUAAAUUAACAGAUGCAAAUAAAGAGCAAUCGAGUAGUGCAACAGUUCCUGAGGGUCAUCGAGUGUUUUCACCAAAGGACAUUGAAAUAUACGAACAAAUCAAAGAGAAAGUCUUAGAACUGGAAACCGUGAAUCAAAAACUAGUGUUGGAAAAACAAACUAUACAAGAUGAACAUCGACAAGAACUGAAACGCUUGAAUGAAUCGAAUGAAAACGAUUAUAAAACUCGUUUUCAUGAUUUAGAAAAGAAAUUUACUGAAGAAUUACAAACCAAACAGAAUGAUAAAUUGGAUUUUGAAACAAAGCUUAACGAAAAAGAUCAAGAAAUGAAGAAUCUUCUUGAACAAGUACGAAGAGAAAAACAAGAAGAAAUCGAUCACUUGAAGUCACAAAUCACUGCUCUUCAAACAAAUGAACAAAGCCAAAAAUCUACUCUUUCGGAAAAAGAAACUCUCUACGAACAAACGUCGAAAGAAAUUAAGCAGUUACAAUCUCAACUAACGACAUUACAACAAGCAAAAGACGCAAAUGAAAAGCAAAUUAACGAGUUAUUGAAUGAAUUAAAACGACAUCAGGAGAAUAUUGUUCCUGACUUACAAAAGGAAUGUCAAACAUUGAAAUUAGAAUUAGAAAACCGAGACCGUACAGCAAAUCUGGCUGUCAAUGAACGUGAGUCACACUACGAGCAACAAAUUAAAGAAUAUCAAACUAAUCUUACUCAAGCGACAAAUGAAACUGAGAAGAUGCGAAACGAACUAAAACAAAUUCAAGAAGAAAGUGCUGCAAAAGAAAAACAAAUGAACGAGUUAAUCGAUUCAUUAAAACAAGAUCACGAAAAACUUCAAAAACAAGAACACCAGUCAACUGCGAAACUGGCCGACCGUGAAUCUCAAUUCGAUGCUCAGAUAAAAGAAUACCAAAGUAAACUAAAUCAGUCAACCGAUCAGAUUCAAACUAUGCAAUCCGAAUUGUCAAAGUUGCAAGAAGAGAAACUUUCCAACGAGAAGAAAUACACUGAUACUAUAAAUACAUUAAAACAAGAUCACGAAAGACAAUACGCGUCACUCAAAACUGAAUUAACAGAAUUACAAGAUCGAGAUCGCACUCAGAACAUGGCGUUAAACGAACGAGAAACUCAUUAUGAAGCUCAGAUAAAAGAAUAUCAAACAAAACGUGACCAAGCUGUUCGUGAAGGUCAAGAUUUACGAAAUGAACUUACAAAAUUGCAAGAAGACAAAACAUCGAUUGAACAGAAGUUCAAUGAUGAAAUCAAAGCAUUAAAACAAGAUUUUGAAAAGCAGAUACAAUCGUUUAAAACACAAAUCAGCGAAUUAGAAAGUCAAAAUAAUGUCAAAACGAAUGAAUUCCAUGAGAAAGAUCAGCAAAUUAACAACCUUCAAUCUCGACUGGAACAAAUCUCAAAAGACAACACAGAGCUUCACCAACAAAUUGAGCACAAACAACACGAAUAUGAAACUAAACUCAAUCAAUUACAAAACGAGUUCGAUAACAAAGUUCAAACGCAGAAUCAACAAGCAAAUUCCUCGAUGGAAAGCAUCACAAAAGAAUAUGAACAAAGCAGAAACUCUAACGAAACAUUGAAGAAAGAUUUACAAGAGUUACAAAGCAAAUAUCAUGAUCUGCAAACUGAAUAUCAGAAACAUUUAACUUCAAAUGAACAAUUGAAAAACACCAGCGAUAAUAUCGUUAAUGAGAAACAAGCUUUGAUUGAUCAAUUGACAAAGCAACUGAACGAGAUGCAACAAGUUCAAUCGGAAUUAAUUGAAAAACAAAUGAAACAACACGCAGAAUUCGAACGGCAACGAACGGAAGAGAGUCACAAUUUCGAGAAAAUUUUGAAAGAAAAAGCAGAAGAAUACGAAAAUCAAAUCGUGUUAAUAAAAAGUCAAUUUCGAGUAGAAACAGAAAAUAGCAAUCUCGAUCAUGAACAAGAAAAACUUCGUUUGAAAACUCAACUUCAACAAGCAAUACAAGCCAAUUCGGGUAACGCAACAUCUCCUACAACGAAUAGUCAUGCGAAACAGCUCGAAUAUGAGCUAACAGAAGCGCGAUAUCAAAUCGAAAAGUUACAAAAACAAAUUGAAGCGAAUUCGACAAAAGACGAUCGAUCAACGUUAGAAAGUCAAAUCAAUUUUCUCAACGAUGUCAUUGUCGAUCUACGAAAUACGAAUGAAAGUUUGAAAAAGGAACUUGAAUUUCAAAGAAAUCCAUAUGUUGGCGAUGAGGAAUACGUUCAAUCAACUACUACUCAUAUACGAUCAUCUGCCCCUCGACUUUACUGUGACAUGUGCGAAGUGUUUGAUCAACAUGAUACAGAUGACUGUCCGAAACAAAGUUCACUCGUCGAUGAGCAAUCUCAUGGUGAUCGUGAACGAGUUCUUCCUCCAGCACGAGUCUAUUGUGAAAAGUGCGAAGAAUUCGAUCAUGACUGUAACGAAGGCGAUGAAACAUAUUAG